CGAACGUCCGAGCUUCGAGCGCUUGCUUGCCUCGACUCUUUGCCAUUGCCCUUGUCACCUCUACAAACUCUCUCACCACCUCGCACGUCGCUGUCGUCGUCGUCGCCGCUCCUGUCGCCGACAAAGCAAACAGACCUAUUCGGCAUCUCGUCCCGAGUUUUGUGGAGGUUGUCCAGCCAGUCAACCAGCGGCCUGCCCCACCAUCACACCCACCUUGGCCCCCCACCCACCCACUCACCCCACGAUCCCAACGGCAGACAACCUUUGGCCUGCGCAGCCCAUCACAACCAAACCUGACAGGCCUGUAACACGCUGUCGUGUCCGAGACGCUCUUGCUCGUGCAUCACCCCUUCGCCGACCACGACGCCUCCUUUGACUGCGCCCCCCUCUUGACCCGCUGCCGCUUACCUGCCUGCCGCCUCAGCCUGCGUGCCGCCCAUCCACCGCCGCCGUCCCCGACCGCCCGCCCGCACCGCCCGCGCCGCCCCGCCCCGCCGCGCUCAGCCCACAAAGCCUCGCGGCGCAGCCCCCAGCAUCCCUUAGGCCGCGCGCUUGAUCCCAUCUUCUUCUCUCAUCUGCUCCAUCCCCCUCACCACCACCAAUGUCUGCGUCGCCGCCAGCUCCGACGCCGGCAGCGCCGUCCGCGCCCGCGCCGGCACAAGUACCAGCACCCGCCGCCUCAACAACGACAACAAUGUCGGUACCCCAUCUCGUCAUCCGCGUAAACGACCCAGUCGCAACGACUGCGAACCCAUCCGAGAACCGACUCGCCACUCCGAGCCAAGGCGGUCACAGCACCACCGCCCCGAGCGUGACGCCCAGUGCGAGCGCGUCGGGCUCGCCACCCGCCAGCGCAGGCGCUGUCAACACUAGUGGCGGUAGCAUCCAACGUGCCACCGUCAAGAGCGAGACCCCCACGCCUACGCCAGCCCCCGCGCCGGUUGUCGAUGACGACGAGAUUGACGAGCUCCGCGAUGACGAGCCUACCCCACCGCUACGCGUCGUCGCACCUCCCGCAACGACCCUUGCCCCGCCAGCUCCCAGUCCGAAGCCCUCCGGUGGCGGAUCCAAGAGUCGCAAGUCGUCCUGCGACCUAUGCCAUCACCGCAAAAUCAAGUGCGACCAGGUACGACCGUCAUGCUCCUCGUGCAUGCGCAAGGGGCACCCCUGCCACUACUCUGAAGAAACCGAGGCAAACAACCCCCACUCAAACGGCCGCAGACCCGCCGUCGAGGUCCCCAAGCCGCUCCACCUGUCCCAGGGACCUCGGGCUUCUUUCGGCACGCCUGGCGGACCCAGCGGGAACACUGGAAGCUCGUCGCCCGCCUGGCUCUCGAGCGGUGCUUCUCGUCCCAAGAGCGGGGCGAGCCGGCCCAACUCGGCCACCGGUGGUAGCGUUGACCGCAAGAAGAAGCUUGACCGUGAUCGCAUCGUCAACGGCUAUGGCUCAAGUAGCGACGAGGGCGAGGACGACGACAAGUCUAUAACACCAUCAGGCGUCAGCAAGGCAAGGGAUGUGGAGAAUGACCUCGCCGACAUGCUGGGCGAGAAGGACGACGAGGUCGACGAGCUAGACAGCGCCGACGAGGCAGCCAAGGGCAGCGUGUCUUCGCGCGGCAAGAAGCGGGACGCGAGCGUCGACGACGAGCUUUCGGGCGAACUUCUCGAGCUCGCUUCCGCUCCGCCCAAGAAAAAGAAAGCUCGCCCUUCCGUCCCCGAUGCCGUGCCCCGCCUCAGCAGCGCCGCCCAGGCGGUGGCGCAGACGGCGCCGCCAGCCCGUCCCCGAAACGUGGCGCACAAUAUUCCUCUCACGCACCUGGCGCCACUGGCCUCCUCGUCGUCGCACACGGCUUCCUCCGCUGCGGGCCGGUACGACGGCUAUAGCAUGCCGCUGGUGACGCUCAUGGCGUCGCUCCCUUCGGCGGAGACGCAGAGCAUCUUGUUCAACACAUUCUUCAGCGACCCUUUCCUCACCGAGGGUAUCUCGCUUCUCCAGCCCCAGUUUGUCGACGACUUCCACUCGCUCGUCGAGCGCCGUUCAAGCAACAAGCUCCGUGAGGGCGACGCCACGACGCUUGCCAAUGCCUUCACCUUCCUGGCCGUCGCGCUCCGCGUUCUUCCCGAGGAGACGAGCAAGCUCCUGCUCGCCUCGGGCACGACCGCGUCCUCCAACGCCCCUCGAUCGGUUGGCCGCAUCGUGGCCAACCAACCGGCGUCGGCGGCGGACCCGACGCCGUUGGAUCAGCGGUACUUUGAGCUCGCCCUCCUCGCCGCCCAGAUCGCAGAGCAGCGUGACGCCCCCUCGGUCAUGUACGUUGUGCACAAGCUUGUGCUCUUCCGCUACGCAACCCUGGGCUUCCGCAAGGACAGGCUUGUGCUCGCUGGAGGCUGGCUCGCCCAGGCCAUCAAGACGGCCCAGGCGCUCGGAAUGAGCAAGGAGUGGGAGGGCAUCCCCCAAGGCGAGCGCGAGUUGCGCCGCCGCGUAAUGUGGUCCCUGUACAUUGCGGACCGACAGUUCUCGUUCGAGACGGCGUUCCCAUACACGAUUCUCGACGCACACCAGGGCAUUCACCUCCCCUCGCCCAUUUCCGAGCAAGAACUGUACAAGAUCGCGCCCGAUUCGCCGACACUGCCGCCGCACUCGACCGAGAACGGACCCACGGCCUGCACGGCGCUCUUCAUCCACACGCACCUCACUCGCCGGAUCACGCCGAUCCUCGACUCGUUUGUGACGGUCGGACCGUCGGGAACGCCGCACGACCUCGUCCUCAGGUUUGACGCUUCUCUCGACGCGUUCCAGGAGGCCCUUCCACCGUACCUUCGGCUUUUCCCGCUCACUGACACGCGGUACGACUCGGCCCACCAGUACCUGGCGCCUCACCGCGUCAGGCUACACUCGACGCUACUCUCGUACCGCCUCGGUGUCCACCGCGCGCACCUGGCCUCGUACCUGCUUCCCAACGGCUCUCCGGGUGUGAGAGCGGUCAUUGCCCAGGUGUGCCUGGCGUCGUUGCGCUGCCAAAAGUCUGCCAAGAUGCUCGACCCCAAGCUCUCUCCUCGGCUGUUCAGCGCCCAGGCCGUGUUCGAGGCCGCUGCGACCCUCGCCCUGAUCAUGUAUGUCGAGCGCGCGGUCGCGGGCCCGAGCAACCAGCAAUCGAUUGCGCAGUCAUCCGAGUACCUUUCCAUGCGAGCCGGUGUGGCUGACGGCACCGAGCUCCUCGACAAUGUGAGCUCUGCGUCGGAUGCGGGCUCGUUUGCCCGAGUGGCUGUCCGCGUGCUGCGGGAAGUGAUCGCAAAGGUCGAUGCUGGCCCGCGUUCGGCUACUGCGUCUGCUACUUCGCCUGCUGCGGCCGCCACCGCACCGUCGCCCACCAAGCCCGGACCGUCGCCCAACGGAACGGCCCUGGCGCUGGCCAACGGCAACAGCGAGAGUGUCACCUCUGCUGGGGCCGCCAAUGGCAGCGCGGGCAGCGUCAGCCCCGCGGCGGCCCACCGGGACGCGUCGCCCACACCAAACUCGUACGUUGUGGCCGUUGCUCAGUGGCUCGACUCGUGGCGCGCCGCGGGCAUCAGCGUCGAGUACCUCUUGCGCGAGGCCGACUGGCCGAGCUGGGAGAAGGUCAUUGCUGGGAUGUAAGCCGGCUAGCGGAGCCGCCGCUUGCCGGCGGUUGGUCGAGGCCCGCCUGCGUGGUGGCGUGCAUGUGCGCGCGCGCCCGGUGCUGGCACCGAGCUCGCUGGCGGGCUCUCCGUGUACCCCUCCCCUCAUCUUGAUACGAUACCUCUGUUCUCUCCACGACCACCCACCAACAUCCUACGAAACCCGUCAACGAAGGUCAAACGGCGCGUCUUAAUCCCGGCAGACGUGCGCCAAUUGUAAACAAAUAGAUGCAAGGGCUCCUGUGAUACAUGCGUGAGCCCUUUCGUAAUGCCACGA